CGCCGCGCCCUGCCCCGCCGCCGCCGCCGCCGCCCGCCUCGCCGCCGCCUCGGGACCGGCUGUAUGAUUAGGCCACAAUCUUCAAUGAGUAGACAUAUUCCUCAGUUCUGUGGUGUUCUUGGUCACACAUUUAUGGAGUUUCUGAAGGGCAGUGGAGAUUACUGCCAGGCACAGCACGACCUCUAUGCAGACAAGUGAACUGUAGAGAUCCAUUACUGCUCCACCAAUAAGCCCGGUGAGAGAGGCUCACCUGGACACAGAAGUGGUGAAUUGAAAUCGUAGAGCAUUUUACAAGAGUUCUGACCUGGAUGGGGUAAACCUUAGUGCACUUCCUUUCUCUUGCCUCAGUAUUACUGGAUUAAAGGAUUGCUGCUUCUUGUUAAGAGGUUGAUUUCAUUUCCUAGUACUCCCAAUACCAUACUCAAAGCACUGAGAAGUUCAAGUGGAGUAUAUUGAAGUAGACUUCAGUUUCUUGUAUCAUUUCUAUUCAAGUUUUAAAAUCGUUUGUAAUCCUCUUAAGUUUUUUUUAACUAAAUAAUGGCUCGAAUGAACCGCCCAGCUCCUGUGGAAGUCACAUACAAGAGCAUGAGAUUCCUCAUUACACACAAUCCAACCAAUGCAACCUUAAACAAGUUUAUAGAGGAACUUAAGAAGUAUGGAGUUACCACAAUAGUAAGAGUAUGUGAAGCAACGUAUGACACUACACUUGUAGAGAAGGAAGGCAUCCAUGUUUUUGAUUGGCCAUUUGAUGAUGGUGCACCACCGUCCAACCAGAUUGUUGAUGACUGGUUAAAUCUUGUAAAAAUUAAGUUUCGUGAAGAACCUGGUUGUUGUAUUGCUGUCCAUUGUGUUGCAGGCCUUGGGAGAGCUCCAGUGCUUGUUGCCCUAGCAUUAAUUGAAGGUGGAAUGAAAUACGAAGAUGCAGUACAGUUCAUAAGACAAAAGCGGCGCGGAGCUUUUAACAGCAAGCAACUCUUAUAUCUGGAGAAGUAUCGUCCUAAAAUGCGGCUGCGGUUCAAAGACUCCAACGGUCACAGGAACAACUGUUGCAUGCAAUAAAACUGGGAUGCCUGAUGCGACUGCCUUGGACGUACAGCUUGAGGCAGGACCUGACUGUCAUACAGAUUAGCCCAUGUGUUGGCUCGGUGAAUGAGUCUAACGAAGCUUCCGUAGGAGCGUUGCAAAGCAGUUAUACAGGCUACACACAAGCUUAACAGAAUCGCAAUCUCUGGGUUUGGGUUAUGAUCAGCAUAUUUGGACAAUUACUACAAGAUUCUUAUUGUUCAGCAUUUAAAUUGUGCUUAUCAUUUGUACCAGUUGACUUUCCUGAAACCAUCCAGUACUGAGUUAGGAUAUUCCCAUGCCAGAAUCUUAAUGAUACAUAAGAAAUUUAGAAAGAUUAGGUGCCAAAAUACCCAGCACAAUACUCUUAUAUUUUUAGCAUCACAUAGAACCAAAAUUCCAGGAACUAAGAAUACUCUAGACCUGUGUUUUAUUCCUUCAGUCAUUUCAAACACGGUAGGGCCUAUGUGGCUAUUUUCCUGCUCACUUUAUGUUUACAUCUCACACUCAAACCAGUAUGCAUCAGGUUUGCUUAAACAUUGAUUGUUCUUUUUGAUUAUUACCAAGUCUUAUGGUGAUUAUUUAAUGUCUUUCUACAAGUCUUAUUUUUGCUGUUCUGGGAAACCUCCAUUUUGAAAAUCUACAUUGUUACAGAAGCACAUGUCUUUAAUGUCUCAGACAAAAAAAGCCUUACAGUUAAUUUAAUGCUUGCACUCUGAGGUGCAACUUAACAGGGAGGGCCUGAAAAAAGACUAGGAGUGGGCUAUUCAAUAAUUUUAGUAAAAUGUUGCUUUUGUCUUGUGCAGAACAUGUGUAGAAUAUGCUCUUUAAUUUAGUAAAUAUUUUUUAAAAGGUAUAGAUGCUUUGUUAUUGUAGCUAGAACAAUUCUUAAUCAUAAAAUUUCUGAAAUUCUUGUAAUUUUUUCCAUACUUAUCAGAAGUUGUUUACCAACUUAUCUUGGCACAUUAAGGCUUAGUAAAGUUUUUUUUCAAUCUGAAAUAAUUUCCUUUGCAUAGGUUUAUCUAAAAGGGACAGAUGUCCUUGUCUCAUUUUUAAUAAACAGUUAUAAAUGUGAACUAAAAAUCUGAGUAAGAUGGUACUCCACCUUGUUUUAAAGAUGUACUUCCAUCUCUUCAUGUCACUUUUGGCACUUACAUAUCCUUAAAUUUUUGCCAAGGCAAAAGGAAAAACAUGCCUAUGGGACCUCGGUUCUUUAAAUCUUAGAUCAUUUGUGACUAGGGUAAUUUAUUUAACCUAAGCUAUUUUUUUAAAAUACAGCCUACGCUUGAUAAGAAAUUUGUGUAAUUGAUUACUAAAUGAUAACAUUAUUACCACAUAGCUCAUAAAGCAGGAUUUGUGUUUAUUGGGAGAGAAUAGGUACCAUCAUAAUGAAAAUCUAAGUUUAAAAGGUUUAAUUUACAGUAUUGGAUUUUGUAUAUGUGGUGCUAACAUCACUAUAAACCUUAUCUGUAUAGUAUACAUCAGAUUUGCUUUUUAACCAGGUUAUUUUGUAUCUUGUAAAUAUGGCCAAUCAUAGGAAUGCCUGUAAUGCACCCUAAAAGAUUCCAUCUGUCUGAUAAGAAUUGAAAGAAUUAGUCUUGAUGAAACUACUAGGUAGUAUUCUAAAAUUUGGCUGUGAGUGGGACAAUGUAAAUAGUAAUUGCCUAGGCUUGUCUAUAGAAACUAAUGUCGCUGAUAGAAGUAAUAGGUUUACUGAAUCAUAACAAGAAAAUUACAUCUGCAUUUAGUGGAAAGAGAACCCUAGAAAUGCCAUUGGUCGUUUUGUAGUGCACUGCAACUUUCAUUUGUUGCUGUCCUAGUCUUGGACCCUAAGCCACUCUAUACCUGGAGGCAGCCCCCAGGGCAUAUGACUCCAUCUGGUCUCCUCCCCCUGAAGAAUGAUGCUGUGGUUUUCCCACGUGCUUCAGUCUCCAUCUCUCAGAGUCUGUUAUGUGUAGCUGUAUUUACCUGACAAAUAGCUACUGUUUUCCAGGCAUUUAAGACCUUUGCAGAGAACAUAAACGAUGGGGUUCCCAGUAAGAACCCCACCUCUUGCCAGAAUUAACAGUGUUUCAAUUGAAAUUUUAGAGCAUGUAAUUUGAUGAAAAUACUUAAAAUAGAAAUAAAAGCAACAGUGUUUCUUAUACAUGUAAAUUGAAAUUCUUUUAAGUUUUUAAAUUCAUUAAGUGUAGUGUGUGCCAUGUUUAUACUCCACAUUCUUGAUUUCUUGAAUAAUGUUUGUGUGUAGCUGUGCCUCCAUACACCUGAUUUGAAAAUUAAAAACUGGCUUAAAAGUAUCUGACACUUAAUUUUUCUGCAUUACAUUUCAGGUAACAAGCAGAAGCUUGGAACAAAAGUAAAACAAAAUUGUAUUUACUUUUAACAACUUAAACUGGUUAUGUUGAGAGGAACAGAAGAAUGGAGAGAAAUUCUAUGGUCUGAUAUAGUGCCAUACUGACCAAUUAAUGUAUAUAGCUGUCAUAAUAGCACCAUUAAAAAUCUUGUUGGGCAGGGGAUGCAGCUCAGUGUGGCACCACGCCUGCCUCUCAUGUACAAGGUCAUGAAUUAGAUACCCAGUACAAAAAAAAAUCUUAGUGUCAAGUAAUUUUCAUAAUAUUUCCUUCCAGUAAUAUUGUCUCAGUUUUAUAUAUGCAAGGUUUGAGCUUCGAAUUAGGAGCCCAACUAAUAGAUUAUGGAACUGAAGGAUUCAAAUCUGCAUUUAAACCUGUCUACUAACCCACAUUUAAUAUAAAUGUAUGUGGUUAUUUUUAUGUCACCAAUUAAAACUUGAGUUCCUGAAA